CUCCACUGCUGAUGUUCUCUGCUUUCAUUAGAGCAUCUCCUCUCAAUGAUUGUCAUUUCAGUGAGAAUUUAUUGAAUCAUACAACUUCUCCUUUACUUGAUUGCCCUGCUUGCACAAGCUAAUUACUCUCAGAUUUGAUGUUCAGAACCUGGAGUGCAUCCCUGAAGAGGCGGUGUGGGAUCUGAAGCUUGGCUGGACAGCGGGGUCAGAUCAUCUGUGUGGGCAGACACACGGAGUCCAACCAAGUUUUUCACCCACUGAGUGGUGUCCCACUGGAGCAGCUGGCCACAUCUUGGAGAAAUUCCUUUAGAGAGCCCCCUCACUUUUAACAGGAUGACACUACUCAACUACCCAGUUCCAGAUUUGGACGCUACACUGCAAGAAGUGAGCCGUGUUCUGCAGCUCACACUAUGCCCAGAUAUUUACCUUGAGUUCAAAAGCACCCUGGAACAGCAGAGAAAUGCCCUUGAAGAAGCCCAGAGGAAAUUAGAGGCCAUUGCAGCGGGCCAAGAGAACUGGGUGACUGACCAGUUCAAGAGGGGUUUGCUUUCUUGUGCUGACCCCCUGCCUACUUCAACAGCUCUGCCGGUUGUUCUUCUCCCAUCAAAAGCAAAGGGAUGCUCUCAGCUGGGGAGGGCAGCUGCUCUGCUCUGGGCAGCAGCAAAGUUGUACAGUGAACCCCUCUUGUUGAAGGGCGAUGUUCCUAUGGAGCACACUCAGCAGUCUGAAGUGUUUGGUGCCAGCCGUAUUCCUGGCAAGAGCCAAGACGAAAUUAAGGUCUAUCCAGACAGCCUCCACGCAAUCAUCACCUGUGCUGGUGGAGCAUUCCCCAUUGACAUACUUUGUCGUCCCAGCACCGGUGGACCAGUUUCUGUGCGGUCCUUUAUGGACAUCUACAAGCAACUGGCCCAGGUGAUGGAUCUGCCCAAAGCUGGGAAACAGAACGAUCCCUCUGUCAUUUGCAGCCUCUCAACUUUGGAGCGGAAGACCUGGGGAGCUCUCAGAGAAGAGAUCCUCAAGCAAGGAGGCGAUCCGCAAAAAUCACUUGAGCUCAUGGAGAGUGCCAUCCUUACACUGUGUCUGGAAGACAGUGAAGCACCCUGUGAAAUGCCUGAUAUCCUCAAUGCAGUGAGACUGGGAGGAGGAGGAGACACUCCAUGUCUGCGAUAUUAUGACAAGGUGCUGAAUCUAGUUGUGUUUAAAGACAGCACAGCUGGGAUGGUGUUCGAGCACAGCGCUGUGGAUGGAAUGGUAGCUUCUCUUGUGACAGAACAUGUAUACCAUCUGUCCGAGACUGUUGACUUAAACCUUGUCAAUAAUGACUUAGGAGCAAUGAAGUCUGACACAAUAAACACUGUUCAUUCUGCAAGUCCAAAAGUCCUAACGUUCCCCUUUCAAGGGAUAAGUAGCCUCCAACAGCAACCUGUAUUGACAGUAGACAAUGUAGUUCUUACUUUUGAUCUCCCCUCCUAUCCUGAUGUAUUUUCAACGCUCAGAGAGCAGAGGGGCCUGUAUGAUGCUUGGAUCAACUUCUCCUUGCAGCUCUCCCUUUGGCAAACUCUUGGAGAGUCUGCUGCUAAACACAUGCUUGUCACCCCUACACAUAUGCGGCACUACAAACAUGGCCGUUGUGAUCCCACGUACUCACUCACAAUGCAUUCCCGCAAGUUAGUUAAUACCUUGGCAUCUCGCAUUUGUCCUGAUAACACCAUGCAGUACACUAAUGACUUACUGCAGCUGUUCCAUGUUUCUUUUUUGGAGCACAAAAGGCUCAUCAAAAACACCAAAACCGGUCAAGGUGUUGGUCCUCACCUGGCCGCUCUACGGCAGUCUUUACCAUCUGACAAUCCAUUAAGGAAAUUCCUGAAUCCCUUUGGAUGUCCAUCUGUAUAUCUCACAGGUUCUGAUACGAUGGAAGGUGUAGAGUGUGGGGUAGGAAAUGUUUAUGCCCAAGACCAACUUGCUGUAACCUACCUUGGGAAGAAAGACAAGGUGCAACUGGUGCUCAAUGGAAAGGGGACAUUUGCUGUUGUUCUGAAGAAGCUUCAAGAAAACCUUGAGAUGAAUUUGAAGUUGUUGAUGCUUUUAGCUGUUAGGUAUGCCAUCGCAAGCCAAAUGGGAGCACUUGACUCUCUGUUAAAACAGCAUCAAACGGAGCAGAUGCUUCAUUGCCAAGAUAAUCUUGACAAGGACAAAGGCACUGUUAACGCUGCAUCUGGCAUGUGCUCUGAUUACAUUCUUGUGAUUCAUGGAGGUGCUGGAGAGGAUAUGAUGCUGAACAGUAAAGUGACAGAGAUGAUUGAGUUUGCACUGCAAACAGCCUUAACCAUUGGUGCCCAGAUUCUUGAACAAGGCGGCAGUAGUCUGGAUGCUGUUCAGAGAUCUGUGGAAGCCUUGGAAGACUGCUUUCUAUUUAAUGCAGGUAGAGGUUCAGUGUUUAACAAAGAUGGCAAAAAUGAAAUGGAAGCAACCAUUAUAGAUGGAAAUGGAAUGAGAUCAGGAUCUGUUGCUUGUGUGAAAAGUGUAAAGAAUCCCAUCAAAGCAGCCAGAUGCGUGAUGGAGAGGAGCUCACAUUCACUUAUUGUUGGAGAGGGAGCUGAAGAGUUUCUGCAGGGGUUGAAUGACAAAGAACAGCCAGUUGGGCCACAGUAUUUUUACACUGAUAUACGUCACAAAGAGUUAAUUGCAAAACUCAGUGGUGGAAAUACCUCAAAAAACAACCACCCUCAGACAGUUGGAGCUGUGGCCUUGGAUCGUCGGAACACAUUGGCAGCUGCAACCUCCACAGGUGGGUUGGUGGGAAAAUUGAAAGGACGAGUAGGGGAUACUGCAGUAGCAGGUGCAGGAAUAUAUGCAGAUGACAAGGUAGCAAUUACCUGCUCUGGAGAUGGAGAUGUGUUUUUAAGGAGCAGUGUGGCAGAAAAAAUAGCCAGUCUUUACCACAACAAAGGCUAUAGCCUCAGACAGGCCUGCAAGGAAGUGAUGGCCAAAAAUUUGAAAAAUGUGUGCGCUGGCAUCAUAGCCGUGGAUAAAAAGGGUGAUGCUGUCAUUGAAACAAAUGCUGGUGUGAUGUUUGUGGCCUCAAUGACAUGUGGUAUAUCAAGGGUAGAGGUUCUCAAACCUAUGAAGAGUUUUACCAAUGUGAUCUGGGAAACAGAGGACCUGGUCGCCUACCUGAACCCUAACCCCUGGACCCCUGGGUCAACAAUUCUGACUAGAAAGACUCUGAGUGGGGCUAACAGCAUCUUUCAGUUGCCAACACCUGAUUUUGUUGCUAUGCUACAAGGUGCAAAAACAGUAUCAAACCUGUUAUGUGAGCGACUGGGAGUACAACGCUGUGCUUUGAUUUUUAAUCCAAUCCCUGAUAAACCAGCACAAAUCAGACUACUCCCACUCUGUGGAUUAGAACCAAAGUGGCAGCCCCAUCUGGCAGAAGAAAAGGAGUUCCACAGUUAUGACACAGGCUUCUGUAACUCAAAAAGUGGCCCACGCUGGGAUGACAAGGCACUGACCCAAAUUCAAGCCAAGAUAAGAAAUGCACUGCCUACACCAAAUGCCCCAUCUUGCUUUGACUACUUUGGUGACCCUUCCAAUGAUAACCUGUUUAGCCAGAUUGUACAAGGAGAGCAGCAACAGUGGAGAGUGUGGGAAGACAGUCAGCAUGUUGCCUUCCUGACACCAUACCCAAAUAGACCUGGUCUAACUGUUGUGGUGCCCCGCAGGCCCCUGUCCAGUGACAUCUUCAGGCUCAAUGAUCCUGACUACAAAGCUCUGAUCUUAGCCACAUAUAAAGUUGCCCAACUGCUACAGGAAGGAAUCAAGGCUCCAAGUGUUGCACUGAUCUUUGAGGGGUUUGAGAUCGACCAUGCCCAUGCCAAACUGUUCCCUCUGUUACCUUCACCAGAUGGGGCAAAAGCUGUCAAGCUACAACCAGAAUUCUUUCCAACCUACCCUGGAUUUGUGUCAUCCUUGGAUGGCCCACCUGCCGAUGCUGAAUCGCUCAAAAACAUCCACUUAAAAAUCACCCAGUGCAGGCCUCCUUGUUCAUGGAAAGAUCCUCAGGUUCACUCCACACUGGCCAUGAAAAGCCAGUGGUAUCGCAACCUGUUCCAAAUUCAAAACACUUUAUUCCACAGCACAGUGGAGUAUUUCCACAGUUCUUGCCAGUACUCCUAUGCUCUGACCCCUCUCACCACAGACACCAUAUCUUCACCAAUGGGUCUGGGGUCUGACUCAGAGCCAGUGUCUGUAAGUCUGCUUGGGCAAGAUGUCUACCUGGCUGACUCAAUGCAAUUUGUCCUUGAAUACUUCCUUCGCUUUCAGGAGAACCUCCCCGGAACCUACUACAUAUCUCCUAGCUUUAGAGGGGAAGAUCCAGAUGCCACACACUUGAAUCAGUUCUACCAUGUCGAGUGUGAACUCUUGGGGGACAUGGACGAUGCCAUUUCCAUUGCAGAGGGAUACUUGGUUCAUCUCACCAAGUCUAUGUUGAAAAAUCACUCUGACAUAAUCCAGAACUCUGCUGGAUCCCUAACUCACGUGACAGAAAUCCUGAGCAAAAUGGAAGGAAAAACUUCUCUGCCAAGAAUCCCCCUAGAUCAAGCCAUUUCCAUGAUGCCCUCUGCUGACUGCUUAGAGUGGGUGCAAGACGGCCAACCCCACUUUGGUAGGAAGCUAACCCGCAAAGGGGAGUGCGUUUUAAUAGAGAAAUUUGGUGGUGCUCUUUGGCUAACUGAGAUGGACCACCUGGCAGUUCCCUUCUACCAGGCGUACGUGCAGGGCACAGGUCGGUGCAAAGCCAAAGCAGCUGACCUCUUGCUGGGGCUGGGUGAGACCGUUGGUCUUGGUGAACGCCACUCUACCCCUGAGAUGGUCCAAGAAGCCCUGAGGCACCAUGCAGUACCAGAAGAUUCCUACAAGUGGUACAUUAGCAUGCGCACAGUGAAGCCACUCCUCACUAGUGGAUGGGGCAUGGGGACGGAGCGUUACUUGUGUUGGCUGCUUCAGCAUGAUGACGUUAGAGAUCUGCAUAUCAUACCAAGAAUGAAAGGAAUAAAGUACAUGCCCUGAUCAUAAGACCACAGCAGACAAUUAGGCCAAUAAAUGUAAUAUAUUUGUGGUAACUGGGUCAUACUAGAUUAUACAGUGUGGAUUCUGAGCUCACAAAUACAUCAGGGACACGUAAUUUAUAACUUGGAUCCAAAUUUCUAUUUUUCCUUCUGUUUCUCAGCUUCUAACAAUGUCCUGUAGCCUUUUGUCCUGAAUAUUGAAGCCCUAAAAUUUAGUUAGAACUGAAUAUUACACUGGAUACCACUUUUAUAAAGUACAUAUAUUAAAACUAUACUAUAUUAGGUGGUCAUUUUCUUUGUUAAAGUGUCAGUUAAAUAUAACACAAGUUUAUUUUAUAACCUGCUUUUUAUUGCUUUGUGUUAGGACAAAUCACACAAAACAAAAUUAUGUUUUUCAAAUCAAAGACAAACAACACAUUUUAGUUUUAUUUACGACUGUUUUUAAAAAUCAUUGGAAUCAUUCAUGUAAGCAGGAUUUCAUAUUCCUGUUUUUGUCCUAUGCUACUUGUUGAUUUUCAAACAAAUUAUUGCUUUUAAAGUCAACUGAAUAAUUAAUCAUUGUAGCAAAUAAAUAUUUACCAAAGA